CGCACGACAUGAUUCCCUCGCUCGCAUUGCAGGCAUGUCCUGCCCUUCUCCAGCAACCCCUAUAAUUCCUGGAGGAUUCAACGACAGCGACAGCAGCACCGACUACGGAUCCGACUUCUCCCCGGAAGAAGAGGCGCUGCUGGACGACCUACUCGCCAAGGUCGCCCCGGAUUCUCACGCCACCUCCACUCCUGCAGUAACAGCAACAGCAACCCCAGCAGCAAUCGCUCAAACAUCUCCGCCUCCCAUCGCGCCCGUAAUUCAAGACAUUGAAGACCAGUAUGCGGAUUCCUCGAGUAGCCGGGUGCCUCGGGUACUGGGGCGAGAGAAGCCUGCAUGGCAGAUUCAAUCGAAUCGGCCGGGUGGUGGCGCAAGAGCAGCGCCGAUUCCAGGCUACAUUCGUACCGCGUCUGCGUUUAGUUGAGCAUCCAGAUUCGACUGAAGGGCGCGAAAAAGAACGCGAACGACAGGCGGCUCGUCACGAAGAACGGAUAAACGAUGUGAAUGCUGAGUUGGAUACCAGGUCACCGGUGGAACGGUUUCGGCGGCCCCCGCAUAAGGCUUUUUCGGUCACGGAUCUGAUUUCGCCGGCGUGGUGUGAGCUUCAGUAUUGGUAUACGCUGACGAAGUUCGGGAGGAAGCGGAGGACUCCCGCGAUGAAGUUGGGCAGUACGAUUCACAAGACGCUUGAGGAUGAGAUUUACACUACUGUUCCGGUGGAUAUCACGACCAAGGAGGAUGCGCUGGCAUUGCGCAUCUGGAAUAUCAUCCAGGGACUACGCAUGUUGAGGGAAUAUGGGAUCACGCGCGAGCUGGAGGUCUGGGGCUUGGUGGAUGGGGAGUUGGUCACUGGUGUGAUCGAUCAGCUUUCCUACGAGUGUCCAGACUCUGAGCUGGAGGCGACGGCGGCUACCUACUAUGCCGAUAUCGAGGCGUCGAGGGCCAUUCUGCCCGAGUACCAGAUGUCGCUGUCGGAUUACCUGCUCUCCGCGACGGGAGGUGGAAGGCUCUUGUCGGACGUGUACGAGCAGGAAAAUGCGCCGAAAGAAACAGAGGACCCGGACAUGAUGGCCAGUAGCCAGGAGUCUAAUGUGCCUCACAUCCCCCGGAUCUACCUCACAGACGUCAAGACGCGCGGCAGUGGCUCUGCCCCAACGGUCAAGAGUACCUCAUUCCGACCCACGCUGCUCCAACUCCAACUCUACUACCACAUGCUCAACCGCCUCGCCACCAGCGACGACGUGAACAUUGAACUCCUCGCCUCGCGGUACAACCUCGACUCCAACAAGCCCUUCACGGACGCCUUCAUUGCGGAAGUCGGCGGCCUCAAUGACCAAUUCUUCGACGCCCUGGUAUCGCAAGAAUUUGACCCCGACUACAUCCCCACUCCACAAGACGCCAUCGAGCGCCGUCAAUCCCCACACUCCUCCCAGUCUUCAUCUGCAUCUCCACCCCCUUCUUCAACCAGCCAAGACUCCACCAGCAUCCUCCUCACCCACAACACGCUCACCUCCCUCUGGAGCCUAAUGAAGGAGCAACUCCGUCUCACCUUUCUCCCACCCUCCGACUCCCUCUCCGUGGCGCCCUCCAUCCCUUCUGAAUUCCAGCCCCGCAUGCUAGAACAAUACCCGACGAUCCUCUCCCCGCUUCUCACAGCCCGAUAUAUUUCCUCCAAGCCGACAGCGGAACUCCAACCCCGCGUCCUGGGCAGUCGGUCAUUCCUCUUCGACCCCACCUCCAUGACCUCCUACAUCACUGACCAGAUGCACUGGUGGCGUGGCGAGCGCGAUCCCCGCGGCGUGGAAGUCAUGGAGGCGUGGAAGUGUCGCAUCUGCGAGUUCAAGGAAGAAUGUUCGUGGCGACAGGAGCGGGAGUGGACGUAUGCAAGACGCAGCAGGGGGCGAAAAGCAGAGGAAUACGAUGUUAAUGUUUGAUUUAUUGUACUAGAUUACGGUUGGGUGGGUGUAUCUAUACAUUUACACGGUUGGUGCAGGUUGGUUGAUUAUGUGUUGGCGUUAUGGAUACGACAGGUAGGUAGAUCGUGGCGUGGUGUUUAGUACCAUGCAUGUAUGCUAGUUCUAUGCGUGGUGGAUGCCACCACACUAUAUACACUCUACAAGCAACAGAAACCAUUUCUGCAUCGCUCAGAUAAAGU